UCCGCCUGAAAAGACGCCGGCAGCUCCGCCUUCCUGCUUCCCUAGAGAGCGGCGCGCGAUCGUCUCGGCGCCCUCCCGGUGCCCUUGGCCUGCGGGCGGCCAUGGCUUUGCGGAGGACGCUGGGCUUAGCCGCGAGGCCUUACUCGCAAGGAGCCGCGAAGGCCUGGCUUACGGAAGAUUUUCUUGAUGCCCUGAGAGCCGUGGUAGGGAGCGCCAAUGUGUCCACAGCCACAGUGGUCCGUGAGCAACAUGGCCAUGAUGAGUCCAUGCACAGGUGCCUCCCACCGGAUGCUGUGGUCUGGCCCAAGAACGUGGAACAGGCCAGCUUGCUAGCCACGGCCUGCUACAGCAGAGGAGUUCCUAUCAUCCCCUUUGGCACGGGCACAGGCCUGGAGGGUGGCGUGAGUGCUGUGCAGGGUGGUGUGUGCUUUAACCUGACCCGAAUGGACCAAAUCUCUGCGCUGAACACGGAAGACUUCACCGUUGCCGUGGAGCCAGGGGUGACCCGGAAGGCCCUAAACAGCUUCCUGCGGGACAGUGGCCUCUGGUUUCCUGUCGACCCCGGGGCUGACGCCUCUCUCUGUGGCAUGGCAGCCACCAGUGCAUCCGGAACCAACGCUGUACGCUACGGCACCAUGCGCCACAAUGUGCUGAACUUGCAGGUGGUACUUCCUGAUGGGAGGGUGCUUCAUACUGCUGGGCGGAACCGGAGGCCCAGGAAGAGUGCAGCUGGUUACCAACUCACCGGCCUCUUUGUCGGCUCGGAGGGGACCCUGGGUCUGAUCACCCAGGCCACCCUACGCCUCCACGGCAUCCCCGAAGCCACAGCGGCAGCCACCUGUGCCUUUCCAAGUGUGCAAGCUGCCGUGGACAGCACCGUGCAGGUUCUGCAAGCUGGGAUUCCCAUUGCUCGCAUUGAAUUCCUAGACGAGGUCAUGAUGGUUGCCUGCAACCGCUACAGCGGCCUCAGCUACCCGGAAUUGCCCACCCUCUUCUUGGAAUUCCACGGCAGCGAGCAAAGCGUAGAAGAGCAGGUGCAGGCGACAGGAGAGAUUGCGCAGCUGAAUGGCGGAUCGGAGUUUUUGUGGGCCCGGGAGCAGGAAGCCCGGAACCAGCUGUGGAAUGCACGGCAUAACGCCUGGUACGCCGCACUGGCCCUUCACCCUGGCAAGAAGGGUUAUUCCACUGAUGUGUGCGUUCCCAUCUCUCGCCUCCCUGCUAUUUUGGUGGAAACCAAGCAAGAUCUCAUCGCCUCCAGACUCACAGGCCCUAUUGUCGGCCACGUUGGAGACGGUAACUUCCACUGCCUCUUGAUUUUUGAUCCUGAAGAUCCAGGCGAAAGUGGGCGAGUGAAGGAAUUUGCUAUGCGGCUAGCCAGGCGUGCGUUGGCCAUGGACGGCACCUGUACAGGGGAACAUGGCGUGGGCCUAGGCAAGCGGCAGCUUUUACGAGAGGAGGUCGGCGAGGUGGCCCUGUCCACCAUGCGGCAGAUCAAGGCCACGCUGGACCCUAAGAACCUCAUGAACCCUGGGAAGGUCUUGUGACACCU